UAUCUUUCAGCAUUAUCCGGUUUCCAGCAACUGUCAUCGUGUUCAUAUUUUAUUACAUUUUUUAACGUUUGCACACAUUUUUACGUUGAAAAUCAGUUAAAGAAAAUUCAUUUAUACGCCAAUAAACGAAACCAAAUUAAAUCAUGUCUAAUGCAGUAAGGAAACGAAAUCAAGAAAAGGGUGGCGACCCACCACCACCAACUUUUUCAGAAACGCUGUCUAGGGCGUUUACGUCCGAAGCAAAAUGGACAGACAAGGACGAGUUUUUGGAUGUGAUUUACUGGAUGAGACAAAUUCUUGGUGUAAUUCUGGGUAUUGUCUGGGGCCUGCUUCCGAUGAAAGGAAUUCUUGGUCUGGCUAUAUUUUUUGCAGUGAAUGUUAUCAUCACAUAUGUAUAUUUCACAAGUUACCAAAAAGUUGAUGAAGAAGAGUAUGGAGGUGUAACAGAAAUAUUAAAGGAAGGAUUAAUGACAUCAUUUUCAUCAUUUCUAGUCCUAUGGAUAUUGUUUUAUUCAUCCUUACAUGCAGAAACCUAGUGGACCAUGGACAAAAAAUAAACUAGUACAUUUUACAGCAAUUCUCACUUCAUUAAACAGACUUUCUCAGUACUUGUAAAUAUGAUGGUGCCAGCCAAAAAAAGUAUAUUAAGCGUAAGAUGUGGAUAUAGCAUAGUGGCUAGGGAUAGCUUGACUGAAGAAGAUGCAGUUGCGCAGUGUUAAGAAAAUUGACAGAAACGGGUAUGGUUGUGGGGAAAUGCCUCUGUCAAAAAUGAUAGAAAUCUUUUUAUAUAAAGGCUGCUACUGUCACUGUGUAAAUAGCUGCCUUUUUAAUAUGUGAGUGAUACUAGUGUCAGAACUAUGAAAUGAAGAAAGCAACUGCCAAUAUUAAAAUUGAUGUAACAUUUUGUAUUUGGAUAAACCAUUUUAGUUAUAUAGGCAGUUGUUCUUAAUUAACCAAGAUAUUGUACAUACAUACUGUGAAGUGAUCUAAUACACUGUAAUUUUAGGCUCUUGUUGCUAAAAAUACCUCAACAUAGAGGCAUUAACUACAGAUCGUCACCUCAGUGCUAAAAGUGGAUAACUGCAUUGAUUUAAAGAAGGACUUACUGACUUACUGCACUAAGGUGACGAGAUUGAAUCUUAUGAACACUUGUUGCAGGAAAAAAAUUGCUAUUGUAUGAUGAAAUGUUUAAUGCUAUAUUUAAAGCGAAGAGGGAAAUUUAUGUAUUCUUCAUGUACUUGGAGUUGUUCUGACAAAUUUUCCUUUAUAGAUAAACAACGUAUAGGUUCACAUGUACAAGAAGUCACUGUACGUGUAAAAAUAAGUUUAUACAUGUUUCCUGAAAGCGUACAGUAAUUUAUUCAAGUGUUCAUAUAAUGAAGGUAUACAGUGAAAUCAUUUAUUUUCGUGGGCACAAAAUAUUCAUGGUUAAGUAAGCCAAAACGGCUAUUUUAUGGGAAUCUGAAUUCAUUGAUGGCAGAUUUUGAAUUUUGCUGGGAUUUUUACAUGUUUAUGUUGAUUUAAUUUCAUGGAUUGCCUUAGCCAUUAAAUUCUUAAAAAUUACACCCUCCCCCCCCACCUACACACACACACACACACACAAAUGUUAAUGAUUUCACUGUAAAAUGGUUUUACAAGUACUUGUGGUAUGUGUACAGUUUUAUUAUAUCGAUAUAUAUACAUUUUUUUGUACCUUGUCUGACCAGUCAAACCUAAGACACUCAUCAAACCAUAUGAUUAAAUUCUACAUGUAUACUUGUGCAAGUAUAAGUUCUCCACCCUCCAAGAUUCUUGGGAGAUAUUUAAAUUACAAUAUUCAGAUAUUUUUUAUGAACUCUUUAGACCAGUGGUUGAUGACCGAAAAUUGCCUCUUUUUUGUUAUGCCAAACAGGCAGUCGACGUUUUUUGCUAGGUGAAGACAACUUUUGAAAGACAAUUUUUUUUAAUAUUUUGAUUUCUGAAUUCAAGAUGAAAAUUCAUGGAAUAUAGAAUGACAACUGCAUUUCAUUACCAUUAAAUAUAUGGAGGAAAAUAUUGUUGUAAAGAAAUAUUCUUAUCACAUUAACCAAAAGUGGAAGUGUCUUAAGUCCUUUACAUAGCUGGUAUUCGAUAAAUAUAAAACAUUAAAAAUUACUGUAAUAUAGCAACUUUUCUCAUUUUCUUGUUGAAUUUUUGUUUAAUUUUGGCUGUUUUACAUGCAUUUUAUAUUGUCAAAAUAUUUUAAGAUAACCAAAGGGAAUAUUUCCUUACAAGGUAGAUGGUAAUGGUUUAGGCCGUUUGACCAAACAAAAUUUUCCAAUAGUUAUAACUUCCAACAACCAUAUAGUGUUAGAUUCAUAUCAGAUUUUAUACAUACCAAAAUUUAAAGGUAAAGAAAGGUGUAAAAUAAAAGUCUAAAUUUUGUCAAAAAAUUCUGAAACUAUCAUGUAAUGUUUUAUGUGUAUUGAAGGUGUCUCGUUUCAUUUGUAAUAAAUGCUAAAUGUUUCAAACAGCUGUACAGAAUAUUUUACAGCAUGUAUUUAUUAAAGGUGAAUUUUU